GUGGAAUAACGCGCGCGCUGCUGCUGCUGCUGACUUUCUUAUCUUUUUUUAAAAAAUUCCAGUAAAAACGUUUUAUUCAUUUUUGGAUUUCCCUUUGUUCUUGUGCGGAUCGCGGUGUGACUUCAUAAGAAGAACUAUGUUUGGAUAUUGGACAUCCUCAUUAUUGUUCCUGUUCGCAUUAUGUGAGUUGUUCACGGUGGGCCGCUCAUCCAGUAAUGACGCCCAGCAGAAAUCCAGGAACGGCACCCACGAAAUCGACGCCAUUCGCAACAAGAUUGUGAUGGCCCAGUUUGAGUGCUACCAGAGGAUCGCGAAGGACAGCAGUCACGAUCACAAAGCUGGGCUGAUGUGUAACCGCACAUGGGACGGCUGGCUGUGCUGGGACGACGUAGAGGCCGGAAAGACCGUAACGCAACACUGUCCUGAUUACUACACUGACUUUGACACUUCAGAGGUGGCUACAAAAAUCUGCACCGAAUCUGGCAAGUGGUUUGUCCACCCUGAGAGCAACAGAACCUGGACCAAUUACACGACCUGUACGCAGUCCACUUCUAAGAGCCAGCAGGCAUUGCUGAACCUCUACUACCUGGUCAUGAUCGGUCACGGACUGUCCCUGGUCUCUUUACUCGCUUCAUUGGGAAUAUUCUUCUAUUUUAAGAGCCUCAGCUGCCAAAGGAUUACGCUUCAUAAGAACCUUUUCUUCUCCUUCAUCCUGCAUUCGAUCAUAACCAUCAUCUGGUUCACGGCCGUCGUGAACAACAACAACAACCAGGAGUUCUUGCAGUCGAAUACACUGAGCUGUAGGGUCUGCACGUUUAUCCACCUGUACAUCCUGGGCUGCAUGUAUUUCUGGAUGCUGUGUGAGGGGAUUUAUCUCCACACCCUCAUCGUCGUGGCUGUGUUUGCUGAGAAGCAGCGCCUCAUGUGGUAUUACCUGCUAGGUUGGGGAUUUCCUGUCAUCCCAGCUGUAAUACAUGUUAUCGCCAGAAGCUAUUACUACAAUGACAAUUGUUGGAUCAGUUCAGAUACAUCUCUGCUUUAUAUUGUCCAUGGGCCCAUUUGUGCCGCUUUACUGGUGAACCUGUUCUUCCUCCUAAACAUUGUGCGGGUUUUGAUCACCAAGCUGAAAGUGACCCACCAGGCGGAAACCAGCCUCUACAUAAAAGCCGUCAGAGCCACGCUCAUCCUAGUACCCCUCCUGGGCAUCCAGAUCGUCCUGCUGUCCUACAAACCCGAGGCCCACCACUCCAACGAGAUCUACGCGUAUCUGAUGGCCAUCCUGAUCCAUUACCAGGGUCUGCUGGUGGCCACAAUCUUCUGCUUCUUCAACGGAGAGGUCCAGAGUGUGUUACGGCGCCACUGGAACCAGUACCGCAUCCAGUUCGGCAGCACGUUCGCCAAUACCGAGGCGCUACGCUCGACGUCCUGCACCACCUCCUCCAUGACCGAGGUGCACCGCUGCUACAGCAUCGACAGCCACAUGGACACGCUCAACGGCAAGAGCUUCCACAACUUGGAGACCACCAUCCUGCGCUCGGAUAACAUCUACAUGUGAGGACGGUCGUCCUUACGCGCUCAAAGACAACAAACAGAGACAAGCGCGAGCCUCCAGCGUCCCCAUCCGGGGACUAUCACAAAGUACUUUGGCACAGCAAAGCGCGCCUUUUUUUUUUGCCACGGAGCCAGAUAACAUCUUAACGAGAACGGGAUUCUUGGUGUGAGAUGAGAACUGACGCAGAACACAGAGGGAGGCGAGAACCCGCAUGACUGAUGAACACGGAUGCUGAUGAAAGCGCCGCCCGUUGGCCGUGUUCGCGAUUUUAAACAGGACGGCAUGUGGGAUUAGCAACACACAAGAGACUUUACAGGAGAUCUGGAUUACAUUCCCUCUGGCUCGAAAAAGGAUGUUCUGUAAGAUUUGGGGUAAAAAAAAAAAAAAAAAAAAAAAGAUUCUAUACUGGUGGUGUAUUGAUUGUGAAACUCCAUCUGUUCUUUGUUGUGUUUCUGCACUUGAUGGGUUGAAAGGUUUCUGGACGAGGGGACUUUAUAAAGAGACGAACACAGACCGCACUAAAGGGAAGCACAAACCCUACAUGUCAUUAUUUGUGGAAAAUCAUUUAUGUCCUUAAAUUCUUUAUGCUAAUAGCUUGCGGAAUUCGACUCCUCGUGUGUUAAGUCUUGAACAUGGAUAUUACUGAGUAUACACACACUGAUCAGCCCUAACAUUAACACCACCGACAGGUUAGGGGGUGAAAUAAAGGGGUAAAUUCUAUUAGGUAUGGAUUGAACAGUCAGUUCUUGAAGUCGAUGUGUUGUGUGCAGGAAAAAUGGGUGAGCAAACGGAUCUGCGUGACUUUGACAAGCGACAAAUUAUGAUGUCUAGAUGCCUGGGUCAGAGCAACUCCAAGAGCAACAGCAGGUCAGGUCUUGCGGGAGUGUUCCCUCCCAGGGUCAUGGGCACGCAAGGAGAGAAGCCUAGCCCGUCUGGUCCGAUCCAACAGAAGUGUUACUGGAGCGCAGUUUGCGUAAAAUGAAUGCUGGCAGUUAAGAAAAAGGUGUCAGAAGACAUUUCAUCAUGGGGCUGCGUAGUGCCCAUGCUGACCUCUGUCCAUCUCCUACAACUGGUGGAGGAGGAACUCUGGAUGACACUAAAGUGCUCGCGCUGUCAUCCAGAGAUCGCAAGUUCGGUCAGAGGGGAGGGACUUAGCGCUUUAACAUAAUUAAUGGCUAUACAACCAAUCGCUGGCUUCUGUGACUCACACAAGCUAAAGGAGCAGGUAGCACUGUCCUGCAAGUGUGUUACGCCGCUCCCAAUGGUGCCCACAAGCCAUCCCGAAGAUACGGUUGGUGUCACAUGGCUUGUUGGAAGCACAUGAUAGCUUUCACUUUCCCUGGUUGGUAGUUGGUAGUAGACUUGAUGGAGGAGUGCUCUGAUGGCGGGUUUGUAUGGGCUGCGACUAUAUUAGGGAAGAUAACCUGAAUCACAUCUGGGGAAAAGAUGGCACUGUGGGAAGAAUGCUCGCUGGCGAAGGCAACGUGUGAUGAAACCUUUCGGUCUUGGCAUUCAUGUGGAUGUUACUUUGACACGUACCACCAACCUGCCACACUGCAAACACUGUUUAAGGUUUGAGGAACAUGACGAAGAGUUCAAGGUGUUGGCUUGACCUUCAUAUUCCCAGAUCUCAAACUGAUCUAGCAUUCGGCCGGAUAAAUAAGUCUGAUCCAUGGAGGCCCCAGGUCACAACUUACAGGAGUUAAAGGAUCUGCUGCUCAUUGUCUUGGUGUCAGAUGCUUCAUGGGAAGUCCAUGCCUAUACGGCAGGUGGUUUUAAUGUUAUGGCUGAUUAGUAUUUCGUACUGUAUUAUCUCCAUUUAGUACAGUUUAGUGGUUGAAUACAUAGCAGAAGUACACAGGGUUAGAAUCGUUCUAUUUGCUUCCGUUUCACUACGUGCGGUCAGCAUUGACACGUUUACAGUUUUCGAAGUUUUCUAAAAAGAUUUUAAAAAAUAAACCGCAAAUGAGCACAGGAGGCCUUAUUCAGCAUGUCUUUAUGUCUGGAACAUAUAAGUGCGUUUAAUAUUCUUGCAUAUCACGUACUCUUAGGGCAUUUCAACUUCAUAUGCUGGAAAAACAAACUGCUCACACUUGGAAAAUGUAAAUAGUGUGUACUGGAUGUCUAUGUCCACGAGUGUAUUUUGACUAUAUUUAUAAACGCUUAACUUUGCUCAGAAUCAGUAUGCAGCGAUUCCGAGACAUCUUUUGUGUAUCUAUUAACUGUGAUCUGUUAAUGGGCCAAAAAUCAUUAAGACGUGUUGAAACGUUCAUCUUUAUCACUUUGCAUGUAUGUAGUGUUUACAGAUGUGGGUAAUGUCCAGGGGCUGUAUGAGGAGGGAAAUUCCAGUAUUCAGUUUUUGAUUUCUCACAUGCUGAGCUGCGUGUCGGAAACACCGUGUCAGUGUUGCAGUUUUUUUCAUCUAAGUUAUUUGUAUUCCAAGGAUAAUAUUUUGUAGGUCAUAAUCAUACUGCAGAGUCUUCUUCAGUCAGUUUUUCUUUUUCUUUUUUUUUUUUGUUGCUUUCACACCAGUGUGUAAUUGUUCUUAAAAAUACAAAUGCAACCAUAUAAAAUCCUUUACUGUGAA